CUAUACAAAGAGUCUCAACAACAAUUUCAAAACAAUCUAAAAUCUUUUACUUAACCAUGAAUUCGUCAAGCCAAGCAAAAACAAUAGUACCAUUAGUCAUGACAAUAAUUUUUAUGCUGCUAAUUAUUGCACCAGCUUCAGAAAGUGCUAUCACUUGUGGUACUGUGAUUAGCACAAUUAGGCCCUGCUUCAGCUACUUACAAGGUGUUGGUGGGAAACCACCACAAACUUGUUGUGCUGGUUGUAAGUCUCUUGCGUCAGCUACAUCAAGUGCAGCAGAUAGGCAGGCUGCAUGCACAUGUCUAAAGAAUGCAUCUCAAAAUGUCAAAAUUAAUGCUCAACUAGCACAAAGUCUUCCUAAGAAUUGUGGAAUCAGCUUAUCCUUCCCUAUUUCAAACACUGUUGAUUGCACCAAGAUCAAUUGAAGUGUUUUAAGGAUGCUAUAUAUAUGGAAAAUAUUUAUUUGGCUUGAGGAAGGCUAUACAGCAAAUAAUUUGUUGCAAUGCAUGUUAUAAGUGUGACAGAGUGUCUUUUUCUGAUUUAUUUUUGAAUAUAUCUAUAUGUACUUAUGUUCAAAGUUCCUGCACGGUUGUACUUCUGUUCUGCAUGUAAUAAAUUGUGUUUUCUCUGAGGAGAAAAUCCAAUAACUUAUCUUACAAUAUACUCUCUACUAAGUAAACGAGCUGAGCAUACGUUGUAUUAAAUAUUAAUCCAAUAUGUUAUGAGAAUUUAUUAAA